AUUUUAGGAGUCUUUAUGUAAAAUAUAUUGUACUUUAUAUAAUGGAUGUGUUAGAACCAGAAUUAAUUUGGGUUAAUGGACGCUGCUAUAGAUUUUACGAAAAUACUGCUUGGAAAAACAUGCAUACAUCAACUCCAUAUAUGGAGGACAAAGAAACAAUUUGUUCAAAUGAGGAAUCUGAAACUGAUAUAGAAAUAAUUCCUCAUGAUACAUUGUUUAAACAUACUUUUUAUGUACCCAAAAUUUUUUACUCACACAUAAUUGGUACAAAAGGUUUAACACGCAAGAAAUUAGAACACGACACAAGAACAACUAUUGAUAUACCAAAAAAAGGAAAAGAUGGAAACAUUGUUAUUACUGCACGGGAACGUAAAGCUAUAAUAUCUGCAAGACAUAGAAUUGAUUUACUAAUAGAAGCCUCAAAGAAAAAGAUACAUUAUACACACUUUUUGUCAAUCCCAUUAAAUAAAAAAGAAAUAAUUGAUAAAUAUAUUUCUUUUAAGAAUGAUAUAUUGGAGAAGUAUAACAAAACUACACACAAUAUUGAUGAAUCACUUUUUCAAAAUCCAUUUAAGUUACACCUUACCAUUGGUAUGCUUAAAUUAUUUGAUGAUAAUGAGAAAAAGCAUGCUAUCGAUGCUCUCACAAAUUGUAAAGAAAAUAUUAUAGAUCCUAUUCUUGAAGAAACGGCAUCAAUAAAUAUACAGUUACAAGGAGUUGCAUGUAUGAAUGAUGAUCCUACUAAUGUUAAAGUUUUAUUUGCACAAAUUGCACCCAACGAAAAAUUGCAAGAACUAGUUGAUAAAAUUGCUGAAUAUUUUAUUGACAUAGGUUUAAUGGAGAAAGAAUACGAAAAAAUAAAAUUGCAUGCCACUCUAAUGAAUACAGCAUUCAAAGAUGAUUACUCAGCAAGGUUUAAGGAAAGAUAUGAUGCAAAUGAAAUAUUAAAAGUAUAUAAGGAUAUACUGUUUGGAAAAAUAAUAUUAAAUCAGAUUGAUAUAUCUGAACUUCACACUGCUACUAAAGACAAUUAUUAUAAAUCAAUAGGUAGCAUUACUUUUUAAGUACAGGAAUAUGUGCUAUAUAAUUGUAGCAAUGAUCUCUUUUUAUUUAAAAAAAAAGUAAGUUAGAAAAAUCU